AUGGAUCCACGACAACAGAGACAGUCGCAUGGCCAGAGACCACCAUACCCACAAGUAACCGUGCAAGCGGCGUCGCCGUCGUCGCAGACAUCGUCAGUCUUUCAAAGCACAAGCUCACUGGCCUCGUUGUCGUCCCUCAACUCUGCGCCGCACAACCCACACAUGGCAGAGUCGGCGCCGUUACCGUCGCCGUCGAUGGCCCAACCGAACAACUACUUCAGCUCAAUAUCAUCGUCACAUGCGCCGACGUCGCAUCCCACACAGUCGCAACGAAUACCAGCCCAAGCACAGCAAGCCGUGUCCUCGCCGUAUGUGGGGCAAAGAGGCGACACUGGUGGAGCGCCAGAGACGGCACCUCACCUCGCCCAGUUCAAUCUUCUGGCCGAGGCAGCGAAGAGAGCGCAGAUGGCAUGCCUGUCGAGAGAUUUGGGGGAUAUCGGACUGUGA